ACGCCGAUUUGAGUCGCAAGAGUGCUGCACGUUGGCAACGAGAUCGAACGGCGGAACGACAAUGUCCUUGUUGUGUUUUAACAGCACAAAAAGAAGGAGCAGCAGCAUGGACGCGGAGGAAUCUGUGACCAAAAACGAAAUACCUGAAGGUAUGAGGCCUGAAGCCAAAAUCGCGGGCUACCUGGACAAACGUGGACGAAGGUUACCAACAUGGAAACGCUACUGGUUCGUCCUCGAUGGACCACUUCUGCUGUACUUCCAGUCGGAGGAAGACUACCUAAAUUUAUCCCCAUGCAAAGGAUCGCUCAAUAUAGGACUAGUGGUAUCUGUGCGACCUUCUGGAUCUCGCUCUUCCCCCCAGCUUAUACUGGUCACCAGAGCCCAUCCCGUACACCUGCGUGCCAAAGAGAGCAAAGAUCAAGAACGCUGGCUGAAAGGACUGCUCGACUCGAUCGUGCAAUUUUCGCGGGCAGCCGAGCCAAGCAUGGUGAACAGCCUACGCAGAUAUGAAGACGCCUGCCUCCCUGAGCAGCCUGAGGUGGUGAGCACCAUGGAGCGUGUGCGACGAAUGGGACAGCAGGCAUUGAUGCCCCCAGACCAGUUGCUGAACGCGUCCAAAAGUUUGCGGAAAGUUGCCCCCAGCAUUCCUAGUCAAGCCAACAACAACGACGAUAGCGUCUGUGCGAUCACGGCCAAGUUGCCAACGAACUCAGCCGUGCACCGCAUGUUGGAGAAGAGACAAGAGGACAAAAAAGUAGAGGAGGAGGAGCAGAAGGAGCAGAGUAAGAAGAGCAGCGAGGAGGAAGUUAAAAAGGAAGCGGAGACUGGAUUGAAGGAAAAUCAGGAAGAGAACAAGAAAGAAAAAUCAGAAUGUGAAAAUAAAAAGGAAGAAUCGACAGUUGAAAUUAACGAAGAAAUCGCCGAAAAGAAAGAGGAUGUUGUCAAAACAGUUGCAGAAGUCGUAAAGGUCCCAGUUGAAUACAGCGUGGUGGUGAAAGAUCGCAAGUCUAAAAUAGAUCCAAUCCAAAAACCCGAAGAAAAACCAAAAGAGGAUGUAAAGGAACCUGCACCGAGUGUUAAAGUUGAGGACGUUGAAGAUGAAGACGCGGGGUAUGACCUGAUCAACAAAGACUAUCAAAUCGAAGGCGACUAUGAAGCGAUCGAACAGAGUGAAGAGGAGGAUAUUUACGCCAUGCCAUCUGCUGACGAGGAGAAGGACGAGGCAGAAGACGAACCCGUGGUUCCUCCAAGGCCGCAGCAAGAGACCUUCCACGCUACCCCAGUGGUCAUUUUAGAGAGCAGCCCUGAACCAGACUAUGAAUACUCGGAGACGAUGUUCAGCGUCGAGUGGACAGAACCGGAACCGCCUCCAAGGCCGAUAGAAAUCCACAACCAAGUCGAAAGGACAUUUUCAGCAGACGAGUUGGACGUCCUGCUGAGCAAGACAUCCAGCGAGGUGGCACCAAUCAUGACCAGGCUGUCUCUGGACCCCUGAAUGAAAAGGAAGAUUUGGUCAGGGCGACUCCUUGUGUCGCAGGGUCAGAGUCAAGGGUUGAACGGGCGCAAAGGGCAGCGCACGCUUGGACUCUUGACCUUCCAGACGUGGUGCCUCCGAAGGAACAAAGUGAUGAUGAGUCGGAAUCAGACACUCCAAACAUGAGUUUAGAGGAGGCGAUGCAGGUCAUAAGACGAGCGUCCCGACGCCUUCCGAAGGUUACACAGGCAAAACAGGAUCUGCAUGAGGCUGUGGUCGCUAGGGUGAUGGUUGAAGACGAUAAACUGGAAUCUUUAGAGGGUCCAAUCAAGCCUAUUGAUUCAAAAAGACUUUCCUUUGCCACUACCGACUUAGAGCUCACGCUAGAAGAGACGGUGGACACAUUGAAGACACCUUUUGUGUCAGCAACUUUCGGCUGAUAAGAAUAUUUUCAUAAUAAAUUCAUUCUGAAAUCGCAUGUAUAAAAGUUAGGCUUGAGAAAAAUAAAUAUUUAAACAUUUUUAUAUCAUUUGUUGCGUUAGUAAUCAGCUUUAUAUGUCGUUUAAAUACCAACGUAGAGUGGAAAUUCACAAAAAAAAAAAAAA